AUGGCGCCGGGAGUACUGGAAAAUUUCUGGAAGGCAGUGAGUCGCAAGAAACCGAACGACGACGAUGGUAGCCACUCGAAGCUGGCCCGCGUUCUAACGCUGCUCGAUCUGACCGGCCUCGGUGUGGGCAGUACGCUCGGGUUAGGCGCCUACGUUUUAGCCGGUUCGGUGGCCUAUGAACAGGCAGGCCCGGCGGUAGUCGUCUCGUUCGUAAUCGCCGCACUAGCGGCGGCAAUUGCUGGACUCUGUUACGCCGAGUUUGCAUCGAGGGUGCCGAAAGCAGGAUCUGCGUACAUCUACACGUACAUCACGAUCGGCGAGUUUGCGGCGUUCACGAUCGGUUGGAACCUGAUGCUGGAGUACAUCAUUGGCACGGCGAGUGUGGCGAGAGGACUGAGUGGUUAUAUCGACGCGCUUAUCGACAAUCGGAUGGGCAACGCACUCAAAUCGGUGAUGCCGAUAAAGGUGAGCUUUUUGGCGGAAUAUCCGGAUCUACUUUCCUUCGUGGUCGUGCUCUUCAUUACGGCACUGUUGGCGUACGGUGUUAAGGAGUCGACAUUGCUCAAUAAUCUGUUCACUGGUGUGAACCUACUCGUGAUUAUGGUGGUGCUUGUGUCCGUGGGCAUUAAAGCUGACCCGGUGAACUGGGCUAUCCGACCGGACGAUGCAAAAGUUCCACCCGGACUCGAUAUAGGCGCAGGUGGAUUCCUACCGUACGGCAUUGCCGGUGUGAUGGCCGGUGCCGCCAAGUGUUUCUACGGGUACGUCGGGUUUGACUGCAUCGCCACCACCGGCGAGGAGGCUCAGAACCCGUCACGCAAUAUCCCGCUCGCCAUCAUCACCUCUCUGCUGGUCAUCUUCCUGUCCUACUUCGGUGUCGCGACCGUCCUCACGAUGGCGCUGCCCUACUACCUGCAGGAUCCGGUUGCACCCUUCCCACGGCUCUUCGACUCGCUCGGCUGGCAGGAGAUCAAGUGGAUCGUCUCGAUCGGUGCGAUCUUCUCGCUCUGCACGAACUCACUCGGGGCGAUGUUCCCACUUCCGCGCGUCCUGUACGCCAUGUCCUCCGAUGGGUUGCUCUUCAAGCAACUGCGCACCGUGCACCCGAGAACUAAGACACCCCUGCUGGCCACGCUAUUGUCGGGCGUGUUUUCUGGCACGAUGGCGAUGCUGUUCGAUCUGCACCAGCUGAUCGAUAUGAUGUCGAUCGGGACGCUGCUAGCGUACACGAUUGUGGCGGUGAGCGUGCUGGUGUUGCGCUACGAACAUAGCGUCAACUUUAUUGCCAGCACACAAACCAAAUCAUCCACUGUGGUACAGCAACUGUUCAACCUUACCUGCCUCACGGCUCCGACUAGGCUGUCAUCGGACAUUGUGAAAGUGUGCGUACUUCUUUACGCGAUAAUCAUCAGUGGCAUCAGCUCCAUUCUGGUACACGGACAGAACUAUCUGGACAGCUACAAUCCGCUGAUGUGUACCGUCCUGACAGCCUCGACCAUAGUGGCCGUCGUGCUCACACUCGUCAUUUCCUGCCAGCCCACGGAAGCGCGACAGUUGACCUUCCGGGUGCCGUUCGUUCCCUUCGUGCCGUUGCUGAGCAUCUUCGUCAACGUGUACCUCAUGUUUCAGCUGGAUGCCGCGACCUGGGUACGGUUCGUGGUUUGGCUGGUGGUUGGAUUCAUCAUCUACUUCGCCUACGGUAUCCGCCACUCGGUGCAGGGCUCGGGAAGCCAAACGCUGUCGGAAAGCCAGCUGGAGAAUCCUUUCGGCGUGUUUGGCACGGUGAAGCUGUAGGUGUCUCAUU